AUGAAUUUGGUUCGGUGCAUGCUCUUCGGUUGUGGCCUUCCGCUUAGCUACUGGGGAUACGCCACGGAAUACGCGGCGUACGUGUUGAACAAGAUGCCGACUCGCGCCAAUCCAGGCCGCAAAUCGCCUCUGGAGCUUCUUACAAAGAAGCCACUCCAGGUAUCCUUUUCGGGAAAAAACGAAGAAACCAAGGGGUACAAGGUACUGAUUCCCGGAAAGCAGGUCGUGGUGACUACUCGACACGUGUACCAAAGCGAAACCCUGACCAGUGACGCCAACAAGCAGCUGCAGCAGGCCCUCGAGUCAGAAGCUUACGACGAGCUCGAGCAACUAGCAGGUAAACGAGAAGAAAGUAGACGACGGGAGGAGUCAAAGGGCGAGCGCUCAGGCAAACGAGCUGUCGCACGAACCGCGUCGAAUCCGACAACGACAGCUCCGAAGCAGAAACAAACGCGCGCGGAACGCGACAAGGAGACAAAGUCGAAGUCUAAAAAGAACAGACAAGCAAACGCCUCGGACCACACAGAUGCAGAGGAAAAGUAUCAGAUGCGGAUGAUGACGAUAGAAAAAGGCUUCCGCGCAGGUCUGGACGUGUGA